CUCGCACACCCAUGUUACAGUUCCCUCCUUCACUCAUGUCUCUGCCGCCUCUGGUUUUUUCCGUUAGUCUCUUCCUCUCGCGCUCCUCUCUCACAAUGUUUUCUUCACUACUGGUUUCUGUAUCAAAAUUUGCAGAGGGUUCAUCCACACCUCUGAACAUCCACCUUCUCCUGCAAUUUGAUGGCGAAUGGGAUGGUAAUGGUGUUUUUUCUUACGCAUAUGCUUAUGAGAUUGACAUUCCGAUUCAGACCCAUCUUGAAGAUUUUUUGGAACUGGUUCGUAAUACGGUUCCGUCUUCUUAUGAAAAUUCUGUUUUCAAGAUCUCGCAUAUGUCUAAUUCAUCCUCAAGGCAUGUCGUCAUUGAAGAUGAUGUGAGCCUUCUCGCCUACCUUCGUUUGAAGAGCACCUAUCCCUCUUUACGUGAAUUCCCUUUGUGCGUGGAAGUAUAUCAUUUCACAGAAAUGGGCGUCUCUGAUGGAGCAUCAGUCCCCACCGAAGGUCUGCAGACAUUACCAGGUUAUGAUUGUGAGGUAAACUCAACUACCCAGGAAGAAACUGAUUCAGAUGGCUCAAUGCGUGAUGUUCUAGGAAACGAAACCACUAUCUGCCGAGACAACAUCUCAUCACGGUGUGAUUUGUCUAAGGAGUCAUUAUUUGUCACCUAUAAUGUAGAUGAGAUUUCUAUGCAUAAUGACCAUGAUAGAGAGUUGGUUUCAUGGAAUUCUAUUGACUCCAAUCCGUCUGGUUAUGUGAUGUCCCAGCAGCAAGAUAUUGACUCAUUGAAGGAAAUGCACAUUCGUAGGUACAAUCGGGAACACCAAUGCCCUAUUGAUGUUCGGCAAGGCAACACACGUCAGGCUACUUAUCACAUCGUUGCAGAGUUAGUAAAACACAACUAUUGUGAUGCAACGACGAAGCCGUACACUCCAAAUUGUAUUGUUACGGACAUGCGGAGGGAACAUGGGAUUGCAAUGACUUACAAGAAGGCAUGGUUCGCUAAAGAGAAGGCAUUGAAAAUUUGCUUUGGGACACCCGAGGAAUCAUAUGCUGCUUUGCCCUCAAUGUGUUACAUGCUCAAACAGGCUAAUCCGGGGUCUUUGAUCCAACUCACCACGACCCCAGAUAACUUGUUCAAAGUACAUGAGUUCGAACUACAUGCGGCUUCAAGUGUUAUGGAAGUUAGACCAGCUUGUGCAUUUGAGUUCCUUGUUUUUGACAAGAACUACCGGUCGUUUGUUGUGAAUUUUCAGAAUCGUACAUAUUCGUGGGUUGUACCUGAUGAGGUUGCUGAAACUGUUUGCAGACCACCAUCGUGCUCCAAACGACCUCCAGGGAGACCAAAGAAGCGAAGGAUCCCGUCGAAAGGUACGGUGAACAUGCGAAGCGGCAAACCUGCUCACGAUACAAAUCAUCAGGACAUAAUAGAAAGACUUGUGCGAAUCCCAUUUCCUCAAGUCGCGUUUGACUUCCGUAGGAAGACGUAUGGGAAGCACAACAUUCCAGGGAACCUUGGUCCAGCAUGUCCAUUAGUUUUGUCCCAUUUCUAGUUCAUUUUUUUUACAUGUUCAGAGAUUCAUUUUUUUGGAUCAUUUAGUUUGUCUUAUUUUAUUUCUUUCUGGUACUCAAUUUGUCAUUGGGAAACAAUUCAUUCCCCACCUCCCAUAGUCAUUUGACACACACUAAUGACUAAACAGGUCACAAGUGCAAAAAAAUACACCAUGUUUAG